GGAACCGGUUCUCGGGCGCAGUGAUGGCUGCAGGCGUCCCCUGCGCGCUCGUUACCAGCUGCUCCUCCACCUUCUCCGCAGACCGGCUAGUGCAACAUAUUCUUGGAACAGAAGAUGUUGUUGUGGAAGUGACUGCCGAUGAUGCUGUGAGGUUUUAUCCCUGGACCAUCGAUAAUAAAUACUACUCAGCAGAUAUCAAUCUGUGUGUGGUGCCAAACAAAUUUCUAGUCACCGCAGAGAUUGCAGAGUCUGUCCAAGCAUUUGUGGUUUACUUUGACAGCACACAAAAAUCUGGUCUUGAUUGUGUUUCCUCCUGGCUUCCUCUGGCGGAGUCAUGGUUACCUGAGGUGAUGAUCUUGGUUUGCGAUAGAGUAUCUGAGAACGGUGUAAAUCGACAGAAAGCUCAAGAGUGGUGUAUCAAACAUGGCUUUGAAUUGGUAGAACUUAGUCCGGAAGAGUUGCCUGAGGAAGAUGAUGACUUCCCAGAAUCUACAGGAGUAAAGCGAAUUGUUCAAGCCUUGAAUGCCAACGUCUGGUCCAAUGUAGUGAUGAAGAAUGAGAGGAACCAAGGCCUUAACCUUCUCAGCUCAUUGACUGGAGCAAACCAUAGCAUUGGAUCAGCAGAGACCUGCCACUCAGAGCAGCCCUGUGUGCCAGCAGCAGAGAGGACUGAAUCCCUCUUGGAUCAUCAAGGGGCUGCUUCUAACACAGCAGACGUGCAGGUCGAUAGCAUUGUGGAUCCCAUGUUACACCUGGACAUUCAAGAACUUGCCAGUCUUACUACAGGCGGAGGAGAUUUGGAGAAUUUUGAAAGACUGUUUUCAAAGUUAAAAGAAAUGAAAGACAGGGCUGCGACGCUUCCUCACGAGCAAAGAAAGAUGCAUGCAGAAAAGGUGGCCAAAGCCUUCUGGAUGGCAAUUGGGGGAGACAGAGAUGAAAUUGAAGGCCUUUCAUCUGAUGAAGAGCACUGAACUAUUCAUGCGAGGACUUGCCUAACUAGGACCCUAGCACUCUCUCCCUGAGAUUAUUCUCUCCUCAACCCCGUCAUCUUUUGCUGAGCUUACCAGCAUCAUGUUGGCUGCCUGACUUGUUUAUAGGGUCCCGUUAAUUUUAGUUUUUAGUAGAGGGUAAAGCAGAAAUCUCUUCUCCCUCAGUAUAUUGUAAGGGAGUGAGAAAUUUUCAUAUAACAUUUUUUGUUCUAGGAACGGGAGUGGGGUGAGCCUCGAAGGCCUGUGUGAUUUGCCCAAGUUAAAGAAGAAAAACCACCACCAAGCUUUCCUGGUCAGUCUUUUGAGGAGCAUUCCCUGUGUUCGUGUUGAUCACUGCAGAUCAGGAGUUUUCUGGUUUUCUCUUUCAAGGAGCUUGCUGCUCGAGGUUUGAUGCUUUUGGUGGGAGGAAAGGAAGAAACUGCAGGUUUAAUCUGUGCUCUAGCACAGAUUAUAGGUCAGCCACUGGCCCUCAGGUUAGUCUCUAGCAAAAAAAAAAAGCAUCUGCGUAUUUCAUUUGAAAUACAGUAUCUGACCUCUUGGUAGAAAGUAUUGAGAAACCAGUGUGAAUUUUUAGACUAUAAUAAAUGAUGCAAAGGUUUUCUACUCUG